AUGGCUAGUCAGGCACCUAGCGACAAGCCCUGGGCUGAUGGACCCAUGAAGCUUGUUCAGACGCCGCUCUAUCUCUCCACGCAACAAGAUGAGACCCCGAAGAAUGACAUCUUCACCACCGGCGCAAGCCACAUGGCGAUGCUGCACAACUGCAUCAUUCGUGGAUUCAAUUCCAUCUGGCUCCAGGCGCCUCACAUCACCGACGCAGACAAGGCCGAUUUCAUCGCAUACUCUCUGACUUGGUUCAAGUUUGUCAAGUCCCAUCACGACGACGAAGAAGAUACACUCUUCACCGAGGUCGUCGAUCUUCUUGGUGAUAAGGAUAUUUGGACGCAGACUCACGAGGAGCAUGAAUCCUUCCUCGGCGGCCUCGGCGAAUUCAACACCUACCUCACCUCCCUAAAAUCCCCCUCAGAUUUCUCCAGCGAAGAACUCCGUCGCAUCAUGGCAUCCUUCCAUGAGCCCUUCGAGAACCACUUUCACAGCGAGAUUGAUACUAUCGCCAAAAUGGCUAGCCACCCCAAAGCUCCUCAGGCCGGAACCCCUGAACAUGCCGCAGCAGCGCUCAUGUUCAAGACGUGGGGCAAGAACACGGUAUCCAAGGCCGGACUGUUGGAUGUGGUACCUUUCUUCUUGUUGAACUUGGAUCGAACGGCCGAGGCUCCGCUGUGGACGAACUGGCCGCCUAUGCCAGCACCUAUCAAGUGGGGUAUGGUGAACAUUGCUGGUUCGUGGCACUCGAGCUGGUGGAAGUUUUCGAGCUGCGAUGCGAAUCAGAGACCGAAGGAGCUCUAUGCUCUCGGGACGGAGGAAAGGAAAUCGUAG